CACUCACUCACUCACUCAGCUCCAUCUGGACUUAUAGCACCCGCCUCACCAGUGGGACAGGAGCAGGGGGAGUUUUACUUCACACUCUCUUACUCUGCUUCUGCCCACCCACUUUACCACUGACACACUCAACUCGCUCACACACUCUCCCACCGCUUCACUUCAGCGCGUCCACUGAGUCCCAUCUGCACGCACGCACGGGGAGCAUGGCAGCAGCCCAUGGCGAGUACAGAGGCUACCUGCGCACGACCGUGGAUGUUGAGGCCGGCCACCACCGCCUCCAGCCGGCGGCCGGCUCGGAGCACUCGCACCGGCCGCUUCUGUUCGGCACCCUGGUGGUCAUGGGAUUGCUCCAGGUGGCCUCCAGCGUGGCCAUCCUGAUGCACCUGACCGGCUAUUUGCAGCAGGUAGAUCUGACCACUGCUCCACGUCAACCCAUUGAGCAAGUACAGACGGAGCCGGUGCUAAAUGCGCUGAAAGCCACGAAGAAGAACCGACGCUUCAAGAACCAGAAGGAGAAUCUGCCCUCCGCCCACCUUCCCAUCAAGGUGCAUCAACAGUUGGCGAAGCCAGGUGAACCGAGUGCUGUCCCCAUCGACUGGGACGAGGUGCACGGGUACCGUCACAGGAUGGACUACCAGAAGGGCAAAUUGCUAGUCGUCAAGUCGGGCUUCUACUACGUCUAUGCCAAAACCUGCUUUCGCUACUACGAGUACCGCGGGGAUGGAGACCAAGGCGGCGGGGCUUCCAUGGACGUGAGCAAUACGCAGCUCAUCCAGUACGUGUACCACGAGCGCAUCAAGCAGAACAGCAAAGCGGACCUGUUGAUGAAGACGGGCAGCACCAUGCGCUGGGACAACUCCAGCUACAACAUGUACUGCGCCCAGCAGGGCAGAGGCCUGUGGCUGCAGCAAGGGGACGCCUUGUACGUCACCGUGUCCAACGCGUGGAUGCUGGACCCCGAUGGAGUGGGGACUUACUUUGGGGCCAUUAAGUUGGGUAACUGAAAAUGUUCAGACUUGGGACGCCGCCAUGCUACUGAAGUGACCCCCAAAGAGCCCCUGAUAUUGUGCAUUUCAUAGUUUCAUCACAUUGCUUUUUUCCUGACACAGACAAAACCACACUCGACUCGGCCCAAUGUAGCGCUGGAUUCUUUUAGGGUGUGUGUGUGUGUGUGUGUGUGUGUGUGUGUGUGUGUGGAGGGGUGUGUGUGUGCGUGCGUGUGUGUUUUAAACUCAUGUUAUUCAUUAAGAUCACAUUUUAGUGUGCCGUUUGUUUUUUUUGCACUGAUGAGACAAACAAAGGACGCAAAGCGAGGAGUUAUUGGAAAAGGAGCUCCGCAUCACCAUGGAAAUACUGAAGCUGAGGCAGCAUCUGUUUGCAUUUUAACAUCAGUGGGACAAAAAUAUUGCUCAGACUCAGCUGGCGGUGUUUUCUAGACAAAAAAUGUUUUGGAUGGUGCGAUCGACGCGGGGCCAGACGAGGUGCCUUCAUGACUGCUAUGUUUACGUGCAAAUCAUUGACCCCACCAAAGAUGUGCCUAAAUUAUUCCAUUUUGUUCUUGCAAUGCCUUGAGUCCCAACAACAUCCAUUUCGUGUCAGUCCCAAAACAAGCAAUGUGCUAAGUGGAGCUACCGUACCACAGAAAGCAUGUCAACCGCCGUGGUGUCAAUUUCACCCUCACUGACCCAAACAUUCCCACCAUUGCUCAUUAAGAUGCGGGUGUGCUGGAGCCUUUCCCGAGAUGUGCAGUGCCAGUCAUUCACAAGGCACAUUUAGGCAAACAAUUUUGCACCUAUUGUUCACACCUAGGGCGGCCCGGUGGUCCAGUGUUUAGCGCGUCGACCUCACAGUGCAGAGGUACCGGGUUCAAUACCAG